UUUUUCAAGAACCAUAUCAGGUAACUACAUGGACAUCAACGAACUGCCCUAUAUUUUUUACCACAUAGCUAACUAAUACGCUGCGUGAUGAUAGAUACUAAAUACGUUUUAAACCUAUGCGUGAUUUGACAUAGCUUCUACUAAAUUAUCAAAUUGGAUACCGUUUUGUUCACCAAUUUUACCAAACUAAUGUUUCGUUGUUUCGUCAUUUCACGUUCAGUUUCCCAGUCAAACACUUAUUUUUCCGAUUAUUCCGAUGCCGUGAGGACGCACGGUUGAGGCAUGCGCAGACUUCACUGCCACCAGCUUUGUUGGGUUGCUACCUGCUACUGCUAACUAGCAAGUAUUUCCUGCCUCUUUCUGGACACAGCUAUGGACAUCGACGCGUUAUUGGAAGCGUUUCAAGAUUAUGAGAAAAAAGGCAAGAAAGAAACCUGUCCGGCUCUGGAGCAAUUCUUGUGUCAUAUUGCCAAGACAGGGCAGCCACUGAUCCCGUGGUCACAGUUCAAAAUGUACUUCAUGUUCAAGUUGGAAAAAGUCAUGGAAGAUUUCCAUGCUUCAACACCAGAACAGAGAGGAGCACACAAUCCCAACGUCGACUAUGUUCCUUUUGAAGACAUGAAGAAGAGGAUCUUAAAAAUAGUGGAUGGUUAUAAUGGAAUCCCAUUCACCAUCCAGCGUCUAUGUGAGCUCCUUACGGAUCCAAAGCGUAACUAUACUGGAACAGACAAGUUUCUCAUGGGGUUAGAGAAGAAUGUGAUGGUGGUCAGCUGUGUACACCCCUCAUCAGAGAAAAAUGGGGCCUCCAGUGUAAACAGAAUGAAUGGAGUGAUGUUUCCUGGUAACUCUUCUCUGUACUCAGACAGUCGAAAUGUAAAUGGACCAGGCACACCGAAACCCCACUUCAGAUCAAAACUGUCAUUGUCAACUUCACUUUCCACCAACGGCCUCCCUGACUGUCCAGUCAGUAAAGAGCCAGAGCCGACCACAGAGGAUGUGGAGGAACACCAUAUCAGCGAUUCUUCACCCUCAGAAGGUGACAUUGCACCAAACACUGGGAUAAAGAAGAAACACUCUGACGAGGAGGAAGAGGAGGAGACUUCCGAUGCAGACAAACGUGAGGUCAAGAGGCUCAAGUUUGAUGAAAAAGAAGAGGACGAAACAGAAAGUGAAGAGAAGGAGUCAUCGUGUUGUAAAGGCACGGCAGAGAGCUCGCCAGAGACACCCAAGUCCUCAAAAGACUCCUGUGGUCAAGAGCUGGUGGUCAAAAGUGGAACAUCUAGUGACACACCGACUACUUCAAAGGAUAGUGAGCCCAGCAGCUCUGACCUUGAACCUUCAGAAAGGGAUGAAGACCCAUUGGACAGAGAGGACAGCUGCAGUCUCGAGAAAGACGGCAGCCCGGAACAACCUGAGCCGCCUGCUCCGUCAGAGAAGAGCGCAACCUUUGACGGAGAGAACAGCAGCAGCAGCAGCAGCAGCGACGGAGAGGGCGCGUCCAGCGACAAGCAGGUACCCUCUUCCAGCGAUUCCCCUGACUUGUCAACAGAGGGCGAUGCCGACAAUUCAGACAGCACAAACACUGCGACAGAGCCCGGAGAACAUGACUAACAUGAAGCCCAGUCUGCCAACUGACUCUUUUUACACUGUAUUUCACCACACCAAGGGUAUAUCUGUAGCACUGUGGACCUCAAGACACCAGGACCAGGAGCGAUGUGGACCACAAGAUUCCUCACGAGUGGAUCUUUUCGUCCUCUUCAGUUUGAACUACACACGGCUACACAUCCCCUGGUCUUUAAACUGGAAGGAAAUGAUUUAAAUGAGAUUAUGUGGACUCAGCUUUUUUCAGCGUUGACUAAUAGUUUUUCUAAUCUGUGUUUCCUGAUUUUUAUAAUGUGAUUCAUAAUUUAACCUUGAUUACUCUUUACUUAUUUGGCAUGCAUUUCCAAAAGAUACAUUUGAAGCUUGAAGUUUGAUUUUGGCCUAAGACGAGUUGAUUGGACUAUGUUUUUGAAGAAUACGUCUCAGUUGAAUGAAAAACACACGGUUUGCUUUCUCUAUAAAGCACAUACCAGAAAAUGUAUUUCUUUUAAAUAUUAUUAUAGUACAUUUCUUUGCAUUGACCACUUGACAGAUACAGCUACAGUUUGGAGUAGUCGAGGUAUUGAGCCAAUAUUAACACAAACUAUUGCCAGUAGUUCCCAGUUUGGUUGGAUAGUUUUUGGCCUAAAGGAAACCCUUUCUGCUUUCUGAUCCAUCAACAGAACGUAAGGUACUUUUACACUUUCUGUAUGUCAUACCUUUGUUGUACAACUGUCUCUUUUGAUAGCUUGGAUUUCUACAGUAUGUAUCUGUAAAUCAGUUUUUGUAGACUUGUAAUACUUGUCCACUGCCUUCGUAGAUCAGUCCGCUGAAAUGGAAUGCUUGAGGUUGUAUCAUAGUAUUCAUGGAAAGCAAUAAAUGCUCAAAUUGAAAA